GAAAAUAUAAAAGCUGUUGGCUCGUGUAGGUUUCUCUUCACUUUAGACUAAAGAAUACUAAAUCAUGUCCAUUGCAUUUGCAACCAGAGGGCUUCGGUCUCUCCACGGUGUCCACCGUAUGGCACCCACCCUUUUCCGUGGAAAGUCCAUGGCCGCUCACAGCCAGGACCAGCACCUCCUUGCAGAUGUAGGAAUCUCGUCCAGCGUUCCUCUGCACCACAACUUGACCUACAAAGAAGUGAAUGAGCACGAGAUCGCCAACAAUGAAGGUGCCGCUACUGCCAAUGGUACAUAUUCCAUUGACACUGGUAUGUUCACUGGACGUUCACCCAAGGACAAGUACAUUGUUGAGCAGUCCCCCUCCAAGGAAGAUAUCUGGUGGGGCCCAGUCAACGCUCCCAUGAAGCCUGCCGUUUUUGACAAGCUUUACAACAAGGUCAUCAACCACUACAAUCAGACGGCCGAUAAGAUGUACGUCUUCGACGGCUACUGCGGUGCCAAUCCCGCAACCCAGAAAAAAGUGCGAUUCAUUACCGAGUUGGCAUGGCAGCACCACUUUGUCCGCAAUAUGUUCAUCCGUCCCGCGGAUGAUGCUGACUUGUCGGACUUUAAGCCCGAUUUCACCAUCAUCAACGCUUGCAAAGUGACCAACCCUGAUUACAAGGAGGAUGAUUUGAACUCUGACGUAUUCGUUGGAUUCAACAUUGAGAAGAAGGUAGGCGUUAUAGGUGGCACAUGGUACGGUGGUGAGAUGAAGAAGGGUAUCUUCUCCAUGAUGAACUACUGGUUGCCCAAGGAAGGCAUUAUGUCCAUGCACUGCUCCGCGAACGUAGGCAAGGACGGUGACACCGCUCUGUUCUUCGGUCUUUCUGGGACCGGCAAGACCACCCUGUCCGCCGAUCCCAAGCGCUUCUUGAUUGGAGAUGACGAGCACGGUUGGGACCACCACGGUGUGUUCAAUUUCGAGGGAGGUUGCUAUGCCAAGACUAUCAAUCUGGCCCCCGAGACCGAGCCUGAGAUUCACGCUGCCAUCAAGCCCAAUGCUCUUCUCGAAAACGUUGUGCUGAAGGAGGACAAGACACCCGACUACUUCGAUGUGUCCAAGACCCAGAACGGCCGUGUGUCAUACCCCAUCUUCCACAUCCCCAACUACGAGCCCACCUCACAGGCCGGUCACCCAAAGAACGUGAUCUUCCUGACCUGUGAUGCGUAUGGUGUGCUUCCUCCCGUGUCCAAGCUAACCCCUGGACAGGCCCAGUACCACUUCCUGUCUGGUUACACCGCCAAGGUUGCUGGAACUGAGCGUGGCAUCAAGGAGCCCGAGGCGACCUUCUCCGCUUGCUUUGGCGCUGCGUUCCUUCCCCUUCACCCCACGAAGUACGCUGAUCUACUCAAGACCAAGCUAGAGGAGCACAACACUAACGUAUUCCUAGUCAACACCGGAUGGUCCGGAGGUGCCUAUGGCGUAGGAAACCGAAUGAGCCUCAAGACCACCCGUGCCUGUGUGGACGCCAUCCUGGAUGGAUCUAUCAACAAGUCUGAGUUCAAGGCCGACCCCAUCUUCCAGUUCGAAGUGCCUCAGACUCUAGGUAACGUCAGCCCUGAUGUUCUUGUACCAAGGAAUGCCUGGGAGGACAAGGCUGCGUACGAGAGCGCUGCCAAGGAGUUGGCCAACAAAUUUGUUGCUAACUACUCGCAAUAUAUUCACGAGGGUAAGCCUGAUUUCUCAGCCUUUGGACCUAAACUAUAGAUAGUUGGUUGGUUAAUUACUUAGGAUUGAGCGACAGGGCUGGAAGGUGAUCCUGCAAAGUGUAAAUAUUUAACAGUACGUCUGUGCAUGUAUGUAAAUAUAUAACCCAACAACUCACAACAUUAUUUAGUAACUCAGAAUAAAGGGAAAUUUAAACGA